AAUAUCGCGUUGCUGCUGCCUGUCGCCCCGUCCAGUCAGUCUCCAGUUUGAUAGGAAGCGAAAGCUAAAGAGCAACGAACGGACGGAUGAAUACGAGUUUAAACUGUAUGUGUUUUUGAAGAGGGACGAGAGGAAGGCACGCGCUCUCCUCCCUGCCGGGGAUGGUUACGGGACCGGACAGACAGACAGACAGACAGCGGAGAAUCAGCGGCAAUGUCACGUCAUCAGCCCCACCGAACGGCUCAAGGAUGGGGAGAGUCUCAGACUGUACGGUGCAGUAGUGUGUAAAGUCAUCGCUCGGUUGGUGUCGCCUGCGCGGAGCUUUUUGUUGUUGUUGUCCUUUGUGACCAAAUGUGUGAAGAAGCUCACAAUUCUUCGGGAGAUUCUUGUGAAACAACAGAAGAACUUGGGGUCAUACAUUGUGAUUGUUCAGGCCUCCGUCAGUCGCUCGGUUCGGCUGGAAAAGCUUUAGAAAGCGCAGAAAACCCCUCUGGCACAAUGUCAAGGAUGCUCCGAGAGGGAGCGCAGACCGCAGGGCCAGCAGCAUGACUGGCAGCCCUGAGACACAGGAGGACACGGGGCACAAGUGGAGCUGAGAGAAGUCUUUGCUGCUUUUUUAAAGAGACAUUUCAACCGGACGGAAUGCUUGACAUUUGGGUAUUAUCCUCGGCUUCUUCGACGUGACCCUGUGUCUGUGCGCCUCUUUGGCUCCGAGUGCGCCAGGACGCUGCUUCUACUGCUGCUGUUCGGGUGUGAACUGGAGCAUAGGUGGAAGCUCGGGUCAAAAACACCGAUUGAAGAGAGUUCAAGAGGUUGUUUGUAGUCAGAGGAAAUCCCCGCCAGGAGCCCUGCUGCUCUUCAUCACGCCAUGGAUGACUCGGGGAUAAUCCGGCGCCGGAGGCUGCAGAAGGAUUUGCCACUGCCUCGCAAGAACAGUUGCCGUACAAGCAACAGGAAAAGUCUAAUCCUGACCACCACAUCUCCCACGCUGCCUCGCCCACACUCCCCUCUCCCCCUCCCCGGACACAUCGGAAGCAGCCCUCUGGACAGCCCGCGGAACUUUUCUCCCAGCAACCCUGCACACUUCUCCUUCGCCUCCUCCAGAAGAGCGGACGGACGACGGUGGUCUUUGGCGUCUUUGCCCUCUUCUGGAUACGGCACCAACACUCCCAGCUCGACGUCCUCCAGCUCCUCUCAGGAACGGCUGCACCAGCUGCCCUUCCAGCCCACCAUGGACGAGCUCCACUUCUUAUCCAAGCACUUUGGCAGCACCGAGAGCAUCACGGAUGACGACGGGGGCCGCUGCUCCCCCCACAUGCGCCCACGCUCCCGCAGUCUCAGCCCAGGACGUUCUUCUUCCUGCUACGACAACGAGAUAGUCAUGAUGAACCAUGUGUACAAAGAGCGCUUUCCAAAGGCGACAGCGCAGAUGGAGGGCAGGCUCGCCGAGUUCAUCCAGUGUUUCUCUCCUGAAAACGUUCUCCCGCUGGCCGACGGGGUCCUCAGCUUCAUUCACCACCAGAUAGCUGAGCUGUCCAGAGACUGCCUGGCCAAAUCCCAGGAGGGCCUCAUCACCUCCGUCUACUUCUUUGAGCUGCAGGAGAACCUGGAGAAGCUUCUUCAGGACGCCUUUGAGCGUUCGGAGAGCUCCGAGGUAGCCUUCGUCACAGAGUUGGCGAAGAAGCUUCUCAUCAUCAUCUCCCGGACUGCCAGGCUUCUGGAGUGUCUGGAGUUUAAUCCAGAGGAGUUCUACCAUCUACUGGAGGCAGCAGAGGACCACGCCAAGGAGGGUCACCUGAUGAAAACGGACAUUCCUCGUUACAUCAUCAGCCAGCUGGGACUGACCAGAGACCCUAUUGAAGAGAUGGUAAACCUCGAUAGUUACGACAGCGAGGGGCCGCUGACACCCGAAACAGAUGACUCGACAGAGGGUAAGAUUAGAGCAAUGAAACCCCCAGAGGAAGCAGACUUCCAGACCAUCAAGCUGAUCAGUAAUGGAGCGUAUGGCGCCGUGUACCUGGUGCGUCAUCUGGAGACACGGCAGCGGUUUGCCAUGAAGAAGAUCAAUAAGCAGAACCUGAUCCUGAGGAACCAGAUCCAGCAGGCCUUCGUGGAAAGAGACAUCCUCACCUUCGCAGAAAAUCCCUUUGUCGUCUCCAUGUUCUGUUCCUUCGAAACCCGUCGGCACCUCUGCAUGGUCAUGGAGUACGUAGAAGGUGGAGACUGUGCGACUCUGCUGAAGAACAUCGGGGCUCUGCCUGUGGAAAUGGCCCGCAUGUACUUUGCAGAGACGGUCCUUGCACUGGAGUACUUACACAACUAUGGCAUUGUACAUCGAGACCUCAAACCUGACAACCUUCUGAUUACCUCGAUGGGCCACAUCAAGCUCACAGACUUUGGCCUCUCAAAGAUGGGUCUAAUGAGUCUGACCACCAACUUGUAUGAAGGACACAUAGAGAAGGAUACUCGGGAGUUCUUGGAUAAACAGGUGUGUGGAACUCCAGAGUACAUCGCCCCGGAGGUUAUUCUUCGUCAGGGUUAUGGGAAGCCGGUGGACUGGUGGGCUAUGGGCAUCAUCCUGUAUGAGUUCCUGGUGGGCUGUGUGCCUUUCUUUGGAGACACGACAGAGGAGCUGUUCGGCCAGGUCAUCACAGAUGACAUAGUGUGGCCAGAAGGGGACGAGGCUCUCCCUCUCGACUCCCAGCACCUGAUCUCCUCUCUUCUGCAGACCAAUCCACUGGUUCGACUGGGCACAGGCGGGGCUUUUGAAGUGAGGCAGCACUCAUUCUUCACAGAGGUGAACUGGAACAGCCUGCUCAGACAGAAGGCAGAGUUCAUUCCUCACCUAGAGUCCGAGGAAGACACCAGUUAUUUUGACACCCGAUCGGACCGCUACCAUCACGUGCAGUCAUACGAUGAGGAGGAUACCAACGACGACGAGCCUGUGGAGUUACAUCGCUUCUCAUCUUGCUCCCCUCGCUUCAGCAAGGUGUACAGCAGUAUGGAGCAUCUGUCCCAGCUGGAACAUAAAACCCCUGGCGUGACUCUACGGGAGCACAAGGGCCCCAGGGAGGAUCGAGUGGCCAAGAGAGAAAGCCUGGGUAGCGUCACCCUCAGGGACAAGAGCUGGAGGACUGGAUCGCCCGAGAUGAAGCGCUUUUCCUGCUCUGAGUCCUCCUUCACCGAGAGCGACUACAGCCCGCCGUCCGGGGCUCGAAGACGCUUCUCCGCCCUCAUGGAUACACACCGCCUGGCCUCCCCGCUGGAAGUCGACUCUGAGCUGCCGGUCCCCAGCAGGCAGCCUCCAGUGAAGGCCAGAGGGACUUCCCUGGAAGGAGCCAUGGGGGGCAUCACCUCUCAAGGCGACCUGAGAGCUCUCCUUAAAGAUAGCAACGGGCACGCAGCUGGAGACAAGUUUUUGAGACCUGCUGAUGUGCCGCUGCCUCUACCAGGCAGUGCUGCUGGUCCCCAGGGGCCCCGCGGGGCCACCACUGACCUGGUGCUGCGGAGGGUUCGCCACCAGCAGCUCUCAGCUGAAGGAGAGAAACGUAACUCACGGCCGGGAACCAAAGUUAUCAAAUCUGCAUCUGCUACAGCUUUGUCCGUCAUCAUUCCUGCAGUGGAGCAACAUGUUGCUUCCCCGCUAGCGAGCCCCAUGUCUCCUCGCUCCGUCUCGUCCAACCCUUCCUCCCGGGACUCUUCGCCCAGCAGAGACUACUCGCCCAUGGUCAACGUCCUGCAUUCUCCAAUCACCAUCCACCGCUCGGGCAAGAAGUACGGCUUCACUCUCCGAGCCAUCAGAGUCUACAUGGGAGACAGUGAUGUUUACAGCGUACAUCACAUUAUCUGGCAUGUGGAGGAUGGAGGCCCCGCCCAGGAGGCUGGACUUAGUGCUGGUGACCUCAUCACUCAUGUAAACGGGGAGUCAGUCCAUGGUCUGGUCCAUACAGAGGUGGUGGAACUGAUCCUAAAGAGUGGAAACAAGGUGACAGUUACAACUACUCCAUUCGAGAACACGUCUAUAAAAGUGGGUCCUGCCCGCAAGUCCAGCUAUAAAUCCAAGAUGGCGCGACGCAGCAAGAGGACAGGAGCCAAGGAGGGACAAGAGAAGAAGCGCAGCUCCCUGUUCAGGAAAAUCACCAAGCAGUCCAACCUGCUCCACACCAGUCGGAGCCUCUCCUCUUUAAAUCGCUCUCUUUCCUCUGGAGACAGUCUCCCAGGCUCGCCCACCCACAGCCUCUCAGCCCGCUCGCCCACUCAGACGUACCGCUCCACUCUCGCUGAAUCACCUUACCUGGGCGCCUCCUCCCAGACUAGCUCCCCAGCAUCCAGCACCCCGAACUCCCCAGCAGCCUCUCACCACAUGAGGCCCAGCUCCCUGCACGGCCUCUCUCCCAAACUCCACCGCCAGUACCGCUCUGCGCGCUGCAAGUCUGCCGGCAACAUCCCUCUAUCCCCCCUGGCUCACACCCCGUCCCCGACCACCUCCUCUCCCCCGCCUCUCAGUGGCCACACGGUGGGGAGCUCCAACACCACGCAGACGUUCCCCGCCAAGCUGCACUCCUCGCCUCCCGUCGCCCGCCCACGACCCAAAAGUGCCGAGCCGCCCCGGUCUCCCCUGCUGCAGCGGGUGCAGUCGGCGGAGAAGCUCGGCACGCCGAUUCUGCCUUCCUCCUCUUCGUCCUCGUCGUCGCCCUCUCCUCUGACGGGCGGGGUGUCGCUACGGAAGCACAGCCUGGAGGUGGCGCACGGGGACUACAGGAGAGAUUCCUUCCACUGUGAGCACAGUCUGCAGAGUCUGCUAGAGAUGGAAGGAGAGAACGGACCCGCUCCUCCAUCUCCUUCAUCCUCUUCCUCCCCCUCUCCUCCCAUGGGAGGGGAGAUCGGAAGCCUGAAGCCUGCCAGGAGGAUGGGAAGGCAGGAGUCGCCCCUCAGCCGGGACACUCUGCUCCCGCCAAGAGAGAAAGAUACCCAGACGGCAGCGUCCGAGCUCACCAGAGCGCAAACUGCCAGCACGGCUGCUAAAGCUGAGUCCAAGAGCAACGCUGUUGACACGAGCAAAACUAAACCCACCGCUGAGGUUCUAAAAAAUAACGUAAGUGUCGCUGAAGUGAAGUCGAGUCCGGCGCUGGUUUCAUCCGCUACAGAAGCCAAGCCCAGCCCAGGGGACAAACCUCAAAAAGGAAGUGAUUCAAGUUCGGAGGCAACAACUGUCUCCAAGCAUAGUGAGAAAACCUCUACAUUAAAGGGCCCGCAACAACAAGACAGUAAGCAGCAGAGUGUACAGACAGAGAGUGGACCUGCAACUAAAGCUCACGAGAAGACUGAGGAGAAAGUGAAAGGCGCUACAGAGAAAGGAAACGUGCAGAGAGCAUCAUCUGCAGAGCAGCCCAAGCCACGUAAAGGCACAGAGACCGGAGAGAAAGGAUCCAUCGGUGGCAGCGUUAAAGCAACCGAGACUCCCAAAGUCAAAGGACCUGCUCCGCCGAUUCCCACCGAGGUUCAACCCUACGCUGCAGCUCACGGACCCGCUGCUGCCAGAUCCAAAAUGGAGAAGGUAUCAAGCAGUUACCGCGGGGCCAAGGAGGAGAGAGCACACCUAGAAGUCCUGGAAGAGAAUCCCAUGUCGCCCUCGUCUAACGCAGCCUCGCCGUGCGCCAGCAAGUCUCGCCCAAUGUCUCCGGGGGAUAAAGCCAGCUUUGUCACCCAGCUCACGAGCGUAGCCAAAACAGUGCUCGGGCCUAUGAAAGGGGGGCUACAAGAGGGGGCCAAGGCAAAAGACACGUCCAAGUCGAGUGAGGAGAAGAGAGGAAACACAGCAGGAAAGCCCGAGGCUUCGUCUGGGGGCGGCCGCCGGGGGGCUCCGACAGAACCCUCAGCAGCGAGCGGUGCCCCCGCCCUGUCUGAUAAAGGAAACAUUCGGAGCUCCAAGCAUCACUCGUGAUAAGAGAGCUUCAGGAAAGAGUCGGACUCUCCCAUGUAAUGCCUUUUACUGUAGCAUCACACUGACAUAUCACGAAUCAACAUGACUUUGAAUGGAGAGGAGACCUAAACGCCUGACCACAUGACACCAAAUAGAUGACGUGUGACAUGUAGCAACAGUGACUACGUUUACAUGCACAUAAUAUUCUAGUUUUUGCCCUUAUUGCGAAAAAGACAAUAUUCAGACUAAGCUUUUUACAUGAUCUAAUGAAAGUAAAUAUUCCACUAAUACUCCCGUUUAAAUACCCUGGAAAUCCAGAGUUCUCGCGAGAGCACAAUUGUAAUUAGCUCAGCGAGUCA